CGCGCAGCUCCGACCCCUUCGGCGCUGCCGCCGCGGCCGCACCGCUCGCUGGCGGCGGCCAGCGGCGUGCGCAGCCUGCCGGUGUGUCCAACCCCCCUCCCCGGCGCGGCGCCGUGGUACGGUCGGCGGGAAGGAGCCGGGGCGGCGGGGGGGGUGCGCGGCACUGUGCCGGCGGCUCCCGCGGGGCGAGGGCGGGCGGGGCUGGGGCCGCUGCGCCUCGUCCUUCUCCCUCCUCAUCCUCAUCGCCACCGGGUGAAGCUGGGACCGUAGAGGAGGUGCUGCACCUGCUCCCGGAGCCGUGAGGGGAAGGACUGCCAGAGCCCAAGUGCCCACAGCAGUGCCAGGCGCUCAAGAUGUCGCUGAAGGUGCAGACGAGCAACAUCACCAACAAGAACGACCCCAAGUCCAUCAACUCCAGGGUCUUCAUUGGCAACCUCAACACAGCAGUGGUGAAGAAGUCAGAUGUGGAGAGCAUCUUCUCCAAGUACGGGCGCGUGGCGGGCUGCUCGGUGCACAAGGGCUACGCCUUCGUGCAGUACUCCAACGAGCGCCACGCGCGCGCCGCCGUGCUGGGCGAGAACGGACGCCUGCUGGCCGGGCAGACGCUGGAUAUCAACAUGGCUGGGGAACCAAAACCCAACAGACCCAAAGGGCUGAAGCGAGCAGCCUCCGCCUUGUACAGUGGCUAUGACUUCGACUAUGACUAUUACAGAGACGACUUCUACGACAGGCUGUUCGACUACCGGGGCCGGGUGUCGCCGGUGCCCAGGGUGGUGCCGGUGAAGCGGCCGCGGGUGACCCUGCCGCUGGUGCGGCGCGUCAAGGCCACCCUGCCGGUCAAGCUCUUCGCCAGGUCGGCUGCCAUCAGCACCAGCUCGGCCAAGCUGAAGCUGAAGUGCAGCGAGCUGCAGACAAUCAAAACUGAGCUGACACAGAUCAAAUCCAACAUCGACGCCCUCCUGGGCCGGCUGGAGCAGAUCACUGAAGAACAGAAGCUGUCUGUAGAGGUGCAGAAGAAGGCAGAGGGCAGCAAGAGUGAACUGUCACAGGAGGACACAGCCUCAGAGGCCGAGGGCAACACGGAGGAGCCGCUGAACGGGGACGAGGCCGAGGAGGAGGGCCUGGCACGGGAGGAGUGUGAAGAUGAACUGGAGAACAGCCAUUACACAGACGUGGAGGAUGCCAGGCUACAGUAACCAGCCUGUUCAGAGCAGCAGUGAGCAAGAGUGUGAGGAAAGCACCAGGCUAGACCCUGCCCUGGCACACUGAGCAAGACAAGUGCUGCUGCCAUCUCCACCUGGCACUCAACAGGAGAACCAUGGCCUGCCACCUUCCACCCACCUGUAAAGCAAAGGCAAAGCAAUCUCAUCACCCCGUGAACCCCAGCUGCCCCCAGCAGUGGACUGGGAGCUGAGCAGCCAGCAGAGGCAGGAACCAAGCCCUGCACCCUCCAUGCCCAUCCCUGACUGGCUAGCAGGGAGCAGUGGUGCCACCAAAGGAGCCAGAGGUGUCCCAGGGCUUCCUGCAGGAGAGGAGGGAGAGCUACACCUAACCCAACAGAGGCAUUUAACCCUGGGCUAGGUGAGAGCUAGGGGAAAAGGACUGUCUCAGUUUGGACCCUUUGGGUGAUGCUGAGGAAGAGAGGGGUGGGGGGAGCUGUGCCCCCAUGGCAGCCCCCUGCUCUUGUCUCCCUGUGCCCCAGGAGCUGCUCUGGCUGCACAGCCACUGCUGCAGUCAGUGCUGGUGCAGGUGCUGCGCCCUGGGCGGCUGCUUGGGGAGGGCAAGGGGAAGGGAAGCUGCCUGCAGGCAAGCCAAAUCAUCCCAAGCAGGGGAAACCAACCAGAUGUCAUCCUCAGAGGCUUCAUCUCCUCCUUCU